AUAGGCUUUUCCGGAAAUUCAACAUUUCCUUUCCAUAUUUAAAAUUUUCAAUUUGAAACCUAAUUAACGCAACAAUAAUAAAUAAAUAAAAAAUAAAAAACUUGCGCAAAAGCUAAAAUCGCAACUCCAUUUGCAGUUUUCAUUUCGCAUCUGCUACCAUAACGUCUGCACCUUUCUCUCUUUCUUUUUCCGAUUCUCUUUGUCUUCCUGAGGAGGUGCUGGAGCGAAUUACCCUCACCUCUUCGGAUAUCUUUCUCUUUGUGACUUUAUCAGACCAGAAUCAAUGGCGUCCGAGAACUUCACCGACAAAAACGCUGUGUUCAGAAAGCUAAAGACGAAAUCUGAUAACAAGAUGUGCUUUGAUUGUAAUGCAAAAAAUCCGACUUGGGCUUCUGUAACUUAUGGGAUCUUUCUCUGCAUCGAUUGCUCCGCCGUUCAUCGCAGCCUUGGAGUACACAUUAGCUUUGUUAGGUCUACAAAUUUAGACUCAUGGAGUCCUGAGCAAUUGAAAAUGAUGAGCUUUGGGGGAAACAACCGUGCACAAGCUUUCUUCAAGCAGCAUGGUUGGACUGAUGGAGGAAAAGUUGAGGCCAAGUAUACAUCUAGAGCUGCUGAAUUGUAUCGGCAAAUCCUUUCAAAAGAAGUUGCCAAAAGCAUGGUGGAAGAUGGAGGCUUGUCAUCAUCGCAUGUUCCACCUCAGUCAGCCCAAGUGUCCAAUGGACUUCCUGAUAUCAAGACCAAUGAGACUACCAAAGAAACUUCCCUUGGAAAGCAAGAUUUGCCCGAUGUUGUCCGUUCUCCAAAAGCUACUCAUCCAGUUAGUACCAGUACGGUCAAGAAGCCUCUUGGUGCAAGGAAAACUGGGAAGACAGGUGGCCUUGGUGCUAGAAAGCUGACUACAAAGCCCAGUGAAAAUCUUUAUGAUCAGAAACCUGAAGAACCAGUUCUUUCUGUUCCUUCUUCCACUAACAGCACUCCAAAAGCUGGAGCGUCUUUCACAUCUCGUUUUGAAUAUGUUGAUAAUGUCCAAUCUACUGAGCUUAUUUCUGGUGGGCCACAAGUGAUUAGCCAUGUCUCUCCACCGAAGUCUUCAAGCUUCUUUGCAGAUUUUGGAAUGGACAGUGGAUUUCAGAAGAAAUCAAGCUCAAACUCCUCAAAAGUGCAGAUUCAAGAAACAGAUGAAGCAAGGAAGAAGUUCUCAAAUGCAAAAUCAAUCUCAUCAGCUCAAUUCUUUGGUGAUCAGAGCAAAGCUACUGAUGUUGAUACUCAAGCUUCCUUGCAGAAAUUUUCAGGUUCAACAGCCAUCUCCAGUGCUGAUCUUUUUGGUCAAGGCAAUGAUCACUCCUCCAUUGAUCUUGCUGCAAGUGACCUGAUAAACCGGAUAUCAUUCCAGGCACAACAGGAUAUUUCUUCCCUGAAGAAUAUUGCAGGAGAGACUGGGAAGAAACUCAGUUCCUUGGCAUCCACCUUAAUAACUGAUCUUCAAGAUCGAAUCCUGUGAUAAUGAUGAAAAAUAUCAGAGGAGCUUGACAUAUUACCAGCCAAUAUUUGUGUAGUGGAAUGUAAAAUGAGUUCAUUAUAAAAAAUUCUUUCAGGAUACAAAUAAAAACAAGGACAUUUUCAAGGUGUUAUUAUUUUGUAGUACAGGUUUUGAGAUUUCAUUGUGUUUAGUCAUUUCAGUUGGUAACUAUAUUUCAGCUUGUAAGCCAGAAGAGUCCCUUGCAGUGUAUUCAGAGAUGUAGGAAUUGCAAUGAACAAUGCCUAUUGAAAGUGAGCCAAUUAUGGAGACAACUUAGGAAAGGGAUUGUUUGGUGUCAUCUCUACUUUUAGUUUUUGGUUUUUGCUUAUCUAAAGUCACAGGUUUGCUUCAUCUUUGUGCAAA